AUGUCUUACGAAAUUCAGACGUUAGAUUCAGCUGUUUCAAAUUUCGCUUCAUUAGCUCCGGGUAAAAAGAUUAAACCUGAUGAAGUAAAGUUCAUCUUGAAAGAUCCGCUUCCGUCAACUCCAUUACCUGCUGAAGUUCAAAAGAAGUUCAAUAGUGUCGUUGUACCGGAAAAGUUUCAACACUCUCUCGACGAGAUUCGCAACUUGGAAGUUUACGAAGAUGAUGUUUGGGUACUUGCUUUUCCGCGAACCGGAAGUAAUUGGACCCAAGAAGCAGUUUGGCAAGUUUGCAAAGAGGUCGAUGUUGAAAAUGAGGGUCGAGAAACCCUUCAAACACGAUUUCCCGUCAUUGAGGAAUCUGCAAUUUUGAAUAGAACAGAAGAAAUAACAUAUUUGGAUCGAGUAAAAAACAUGAAGAGACCCAGAUUUAUCAAGAGCCAUUUGCCAAUAGCUUUCUUGCCAACCAAAUUAUGGGAAGUCAAACCGAAGAUUGUAUAUGUUUAUCGAGAGGCAAAAGAUGCUGCUGUAUCUUGGUAUUACUUCAAUAAAGAUGCUUACUUAUAUCAAGGAUCAUUACAAGAGUUUUUGACACUUUAUCUUAAAGGAGAAGUUGAAUAUGGCAGCUAUUGGGAUCAUUACGAGCAAUAUCAUCGUCUUGCCAAAGUAUAUUCAAACAUGAAAGUCUUAAAAUACGAAGAGAUGAAAAAAGACCUCAAAUCAACUUUACUCGAUCUUUGUAACUUUUUCAACAAAUCCUUGUCCAACGAUCAAAUUGAGAAACUUUUGCAUCAUCUUUCCUUCGAGAACAUGAAGAAAAAUCCAGCAAACAAUUACGCUGAUGUCAAAAAACGAGUACAGGCCGUCUUGCCAAGUUACGACCUCCGAAUGAUCCGCCAAGGAAAAGUCAACGCAGGCAAAGAAGAAAUGUCAGCAGAGAUGAUCGAGAAAUUCGACGCAAAAAUGCGCGACACGCAAAGACAAUUAAGUUCUUGAAGCAGAAAUUCCGAUGUAAUGAGAAACAAAUAUUUGUUCAAGCUAAAGUUUUUUUAAACUCGCAAGAUAAGAUAGCAAGUCAGAGAUAAGAUCAAUUAAAAUGCCGAGUAACUGUUAAUUUUGGUCCCGAACGAGUUUAAUUGAGACAAAAAACACUCCCAUUGCAACAUUAUUUAUCAUAAUAACCGCACUCAUGGCAUAAAUAAUGCAACAAAAAGAAAGCACUCUCAAUGGGAUGCGUUGUUUGUUUACAAAAUUAUCUCUUAAAGGUAACUUAAAUUCAAUUUUUACACCCAUCAAUUGACUUUGCCGCAUAUUUUACGACUCCCUUGAGACGUGCGGAGCACAUAUCGCGCACAUCUGCCAAGAAG